AAGAUCAUGUCUGUCAGGGCAUGAAAGUAGCGAAUCCAUGGACAGUGUCUGUGUUGCUCUUUUUCCAGGGGACCCGACGCAUCAGUACAAAUUGAUCGGUUGAUGGUUCCUUUUUUGUACCCUGACGGUAUUAUAACAGCCGGUUCUCGCGUUUCAGCUUGCUGUAAUCUUUCAAGUGUGUAUAACGUGGACGGAUCAACGCCGGUAAGUGAUUUGAUUUUCACAUGGUGACGGACUUGAUUGGGCGACAUUUGCAUUGACCAGGACACCUCUAGAGACAACACAGCAGGAUCUACUAAAGGUGAAGGUAGCAUCUAAAGCAAUCACUAUGGCAAUGCGCAGCUUGACCGACGAUAUGGAUCACUACCACCGGGCCUUUGGCGUCUACCAUCGGGUAGCUGAUAGAUACAACGUUUUGAGUCAAUGGGUCAACACUGAAUUACGUCAAGCAUUCAAAUCCAUGAAUGUCAAUUAUACGGAUGGUAAAGAGGAUAUGAAGAUACUAAGCAUCGGACCUGGGGAUGGUGAAAUCGAGAACCAAAUCUUGCGUAUCCUUCGAGACGGACACGAACCUCCACGGCCAAUCAAAGCUACCAUAGUGGAGCCUGCUGUGGACAUGGUUUACAGGUACAAGACUCGAGUGGUGAAAGACACUGCACAACUUACCGACAUCAGUUACGAUUGGCGUGCUGAGACACUGGACGCCUACCUGGAGAAUGGUGAAAAUGACGGCGCUAAGUUCCACUUCAUCAGCGCACUGCAUUCCAUCUACUAUGCGAGUGACAUGCAAGCUGCUAUUAAGGAUCUGUAUGGUCGUCUUGAAGAUGGGGGAAUUUUGCUCAUGGUCGUCAUUUCUGAUAAAUCUGGUUUCGGACGUUUCGGAAGCAACUUUCCACUAAUGUGGGGUUCUAGACAUCAUCAUCCAACAUCAGCACAGGUCCUGGCAGCCUGUCAGAAUGAGAACAUCCCCAUAGACCAGGAGUUUAUCACUAAAGUACAGGCCAACAUCACCCCCUGCUUCAACGAUCCUCAAGACAUGACGCAAGAUGGUCGCCUCCUGGUUGAUUUCUUCACUCACGUUGCAGACUUCCUUAAGGAUGCCCAACCCGAAACCAAGAAGGAGGUCUUGGAGUUUCUUGGAGGGAAACUGUGUGCAGAGAAGAGAGAAGAUGGACAGGUGUACUUCCAUGGUGACUGGAAGGCUUUCAUCAUAAGACGAUAAUUACAAGACUCUGAUUGCUU